UUCUACCUCCUGGCUGCCAUGUCCUAUGACCGCUAUGUAGCCAUCUGCAGACCACUGCACUACCCCAUCAUCAUGAAUAACAAAGUGUGCCACAUACUGGUCCUCAGCUCCUGGGUGACUGGGUUUUUAUCCAUCUUUCCGCCUUUGAUGUUGGGACUCAAACUGGAUUUCUGUGCUUCCAAACUGAUAGACCACUUCCUGUGUGACACUUCUCCUGUCCUGCAGCUGUCUUGCACAGACACACGUUUCAUAGAAUGGAUUGCAUUUGUUGUAGCUAUAAUGACACUUAUCAUCACCUUGAUCUUAGUGAUUCUGUCCUAUAUGCUCAUCAUCAAAACCAUCCUAAAGUUCCCUUCAGCUCAACAGCGGAAAAAGGCCUUUUCCACCUGCUCCUCACACAUGGUUGUUGUCUCCAUUACUUAUGGGAGUUGUAUCUUCAUGUACAUGAAAACAUCAGCCAAGGAGAGGGUAGCUUUAAAUAAAGGUGUAAGUGUGCUCAACACUUCUGUGGCGCCUUUGCUGAACCCUUUCAUUUACACUCUAAGGAAUCAACAGGUGAAGGAUGCCUUCAGGCAGGUGCUUCAUAGAUUCUGUUAUUCUCAAAACAGUGAAUUAAGAUUUAGACUUAAAUAG